AACGAAAAUAAUUGUUCCACACCAUUACCAUAAGGUCCAUAACUACAACGAGAAGAGGAUCUUUUUAAGGAGAAAGCAGAGAGAGAGAAGAGAGUAGUGUGUGUGUGUGUUGUUGUCUCUUGUUUCUUUUAUUACACCAGAUAGAUGAAACGAGGAAAGCUAUUACUUCUUUGGUUACAACCAUAAACAGAUCCUUCCUUUCGCAGAGAGUCAAGUUUGAUCAUCUUCUUCUUUUUCUCGCAGCUCCUUCAUUAAUGCUUAUAAAGUCUCCUAUAUCUCUCUAUCUAUACACAACUGUGCUAAUCAGUUUCUACUUCUAUUAAUCUUCGUGAUUAGGUUUUUUAUUUAUCAACCCUAUUGACCACCGGGAAACUAAUCAAGGAGAAAGAGAUGGUGAGGGGAAAAACUCAGAUGAAGCGAAUAGAGAAUGCAACAAGCAGACAAGUCACUUUCUCUAAACGAAGGAAUGGUUUGUUGAAGAAAGCUUUUGAGCUCUCAGUGCUUUGUGAUGCUGAAGUUUCUCUGAUCAUCUUCUCUCCUAAGGGAAAACUUUAUGAGUUCGCCAGCUCCAAUAUGCAAGAUACCGUAGAUCGUUAUCUGAGGCACACCAAGGAUCGAGUCAGCAGCAAACCGGUUUCGGAAGAAAAUAUGCAGCAUUUCAAACAUGAAGCAGCAAACAUGAUGAAGAAAAUUGAACAACUUGAAGCGUCCAAACGUAAACUCUUGGGAGAAGGCAUUGGAUCAUGCUCGAUUGAGGAGCUGCAGCAAAUUGAGCAACAACUCGAGAAAAGUGUCAAAUGUGUUAGAGCAAGAAAGACUCAAGUGUUUAAGGAACAAAUUGUGCAGCUCAAGCAGAAGGAGAAAGCUCUAGCUGCAGAAAACGAGAAACUCGCUGAAAAGUGGGGAUCUCAUGAAAUCGAAGUUUGGUCGAAUAAGAACCAAGAAAGUGGACGAGGUGACGAGGACAGUAGCCCAAGUUCUGAAGUAGAGACACAAUUGUUCAUUGGGUUACCUUGUUCUUCAAGAAAGUGAAGCAACUACUAUUCUAAGAACAACAAAAACAAAACAAAGCAAAAAAAAACUAUAUGCAAAAACGGGUUAGCAGUGAGUGUAUAAGGACAAGUAACAAAACUCUUAAGCUGCUUCUCUUGUUGUCUUCUUUCUCUCUCUCUCACUCUCUUCUUCAAAACUGAAUUGCCUGUGGUAUGUAUCUAUGUUCUCAAUUUCUCAUACACUUGCCUUUUCUAGAA